CCCAGAUCCGAUCUGCGUGCUGAUCUGCAGGCCAAUCUCCCGACCUGGCAUCCUGCCGUCCGCCAAGAUCUGCCAGGUGAGACCCCUCCGCCGCCCGUCGGCCCCUGCUGCGGCCUGACAAUCUGUCUAGAUGAUGUAACAAGUUCAAUCCAUUCUCCGAAGGCGCUGCCGAGACAUACGCCUGGCGAGCCCGUUGGAAGGGUUCUCUUUCCUUUGGUGUGAGCCGGGCGUUCCUGUCAACGCGGGGUUUGGCGGGCUUCCUCGCUGGCCCCGGGGACUGUCCUCUGUCUGGGCUCGCUUGCUUGAGGCGACCCUCCCUGUGUCUGUCCGCUUGUCGGAUGGGAUAUGGCGGUGGCGUCUUGAUGAGCCUGCUCGGCGGAUGGCGCUGUCUCCGGAUGCCGUGUGCGUCGAUGGCUCGCCGUGCUAAUGCCUGCAAGACGCAACCGGACUAUCUGAUGCUAUUCGCGAUUGUCGGCAUAUCGGGCCCCGAUGCAGCCGCGACUCUAUUUACUGCCAGAAAACUGCGAUCGCCAUCGAGACUAACAGCUGUCGUCCUCUGCAUCUGACUUUUCGGCUCGGUGCAACUCAUCAGCCGCUAGAUUUGCUCCGCAGAAGCUGCUGCAUGCGCUCGAGGUCGCGCUUGAACGUGUCCCUCGUUUGGUCGAUGAUCUCGGUAAAGGCCGCAAUGUCUUUCUCUUUGUUUUGCAGGGAGAGCUGGUUGGUGACUGGCGAGCGACAGACGGCAACAGUGUUCAAUAAAACGAGUAACUUGGUGGA